AUGGUCUGCCUCUGUACACGCUUGAGUAAAAGAGACUACGGCUCAUUGACAGACGACGAGGCAUGUACAGGGCGUAAGGAGACUGCUGUUUCUACUUUGACACAACCACAGAUAUACCUUCUGGAUGAGGCGGCCCGCUCCACAGAGCCCAGGCGGCUCCAGCUGCGACAGAGUCGACAAUCCGUUAGAGCAAAGCGGGUUCAAGUUAUGGCCAACCAGGCACCCUCUGCAAAAAGACCUAGAACAUCUUCUAUCAUUGUAUCGGCAGUCGGUUCGGUACCUCGAGGCGCAACCAAGACAGGUAAAACAGUCACGCGUCCAGGGCACACCAUUGUACGUCAUCCGUUAAAAAACCUGGGCAUGAAUCAAACAUCUCGUACCGAGGAAGACAUCUGUCAGCAGGAGACAUCGCUCGUAUCCCCAGUAACAUCUAUAUGUUUGACAGAAGACUUGAACGGGUCACAAGAGUCAGAGAGAUCUAUGCAUAGUGGGCUGUCGCAGAAGACAGUACAAAACAUCUCGAGCAUGGUGGGGACUAUCUCAUCACACCAGAGGUCGUGGAUCGAGUCCACCUGUAUCUUCACCGCUCUCCUUGGCUCGAAGCCGAGCGGCUGGACAGUCGCAAACCACUCCUCCGAAGCAGUUGAAUCCACACUUGCGAACACGUUUGUGCAAGUGCAGGUAAGCAUACUUCAACACCAAAUCUUCAACAAGCUUCUAGCCUAUGCUGCCAACAGCUUGUGGGCCGGGAAGCAUCUCGGUAGUAGCGAGAACCUGACGAAGUUGAGAAGACAUGGAAGUGGAGCAUCAGAAUUUGUUCGUGCUGCGGGGAAUGCCGCAAGUAUACUGUUGCUGGUACCUCCAUCAUGGUGGGAGCAUUUGACAUCGUUCUUGCUUCAAAGCUGA